AGUCCAGAGGGUUUGCUUCGCUCCAGGCUCCACCGCUCCAGGCUCCACCUCGUCCUCCCUAAACCCUAGUUCCCUUCGAGGCUUCGCUUUGACCUUUCGUCCUUCCCUCCCGGCUCUCGCUCCUGACCGAUUGUUACCAAAAGUAUCACAUCUGCCCUCAUUUACACUGCUGCUGAUUUAACAUCUCAGCUCCAAUUUCUCAUCAAAGAAGACAGGCGAACGUCAAAUUGAAGAAGAUGUUAUACAUAAUCGGAUUGGGAUUAGGAGAUGAAAGAGACAUUACAUUGAGAGGAUUAGAAGCUGUCAAGAAAUCCCAAAAGCUCUACAUUGAAUCCUACACUUCUCUCCUUUCAUUUGGUAUCUCCAAAGAUGGCAUCUCCACCUUGGAAAAAUUGUACGGGAAGCCACUUAUAAUUGCAGAUAGGGAAAUGGUGGAGGAAAAGGCCGAUGAUAUGUUGUUGGAGGCCUGUGAAUUUGAUGUUGCUUUUCUUGUCGUUGGAGAUCCUUUUGGAGCAACGACACAUAGUGACCUAGUGGUACGGGCGAAGAAAUUGGAGGUGGAAGUUAAGGUUAUAUAUAAUGCAUCGGUAAUGAAUGCGGUUGGAGUAUGUGGUUUACAACUCUACCGUUAUGGAGAGACCGUUUCAUUACCAUUCUUCACGGAAACAUGGAGGCCCGAUAGUUUCUAUGAGAAGAUUCAAAGAAAUCGAGGACUUGGACUACACACCCUGUGCUUGUUAGGCGAUUUGUGCGGUGAAACUCACUCUUUUGGCAUUGCAGAUAUACGUGUUAAAGAACCUUCAUUGGAAUCAUUAUGCAGAGGAAAAAAGCAGUACGAGCCGCCUACUUUUAUGACGAUUGGUGUUGCCAUUGAUCAGCUCCUGGAGGUUGAACAACUACGUGGAGAAUCUGCUUAUAAUGAAGACACGCUUUGUGUUGGAUUUGCACGGCUAGGAAGCGAGAACCAAAUGGUGGUGGCGGGUUCAAUGAAGCAGUUACGGGCGGUUGACUUCGGUCCACCUCUUCAUUGCCUCACGAUCGUAGGCAAAACUCAUCCCGUGGAAGAGGAAAUGCUCGACUUCUAUAGAAGUUGAAAUGAAAGUCGUCGAUACAAUACUUGAAUUUUGUAGCAAAAUGCAGUAAUAUUUAGUUAUGUACACGUAUAUGUACUUGUUUAGAAACAUUUGUUCCGCUUGCUUUUUGGGAUAGAUGAUAGGUCUGCUUGUAUUUUUUACUUUACAGUCGCUACCCUCAUCUGGGCGGGAUGUAUUAGGCUCGUUUUUCGGUUCCGUUUUAUGUACUUUGUUAUGCUGCACAUAUCAUUUUUGUUUCUUGGAAUGUUACUUUUGAUGUUUUUGAU